AUGACUCCCUCAUACACACGCAUCCCAAGCUUUUAUCGCCUCUUCUUCACCUAUCUCGACCCCCUCAUCUGCGUCUGGGGCGCGUCCAUGGACUUUUUUCUCCCCUCUCUCGUCCUUUCGUCACACAUUCCCUCGCCCCCAGUGCCAGACCAAGGACAUAUCAUGGUGCUGACGCAGCGCGGAGGCGGCAUGCUAAACUUUGGCAUCGUGUCUGCUGUGCUGCUGCGGUACACAGACGACGUCAACAUCUGGUCUAUUGUGCAGGUUGCUUGUAUAACAGUGGAUCUGGCAUAUUACUGGAGUGCAUGGCGUGUCCUGGGAGCCCAGGGCCGGUUGAGUCCCGGAGCAUGGCGGGCAGAGGACUGGGCAAGCCUGGGCAUCACGGCGUUUGCAGGCGCCGUCCGGGCCGCGUUUUUGAUGGGCGUGGGGCUCGAGAGGAGGGAGGGGGUCAAGGGUACCAAGGGGCAGUAG